UUUCUUUCUCGUUUCGUUCGACAGAGACAGAUCGUUCGAUGCAUCGUGCUAUUGUGUGGGGAAAGCGCCCCUGACCUCGUCAUCGCGUCACGUGGUUGGGGAACUGCACAGCGAGUCCUUCUAUCUCGUCGUGUGACGUUUGAGUUGCCGCUCGAAGGCUUCGAAUCUCACUGAAGGCUUCGCGCUGAAUGGAAUGAAUUCACCUCGAAUCUAGGGUGCAGGGCUCCCUUCUAUGGCUGGCGUGGGGACCUUGCGUCACGUGAACGACUUUUGAGGCCCCUAGACUACGUUCAAGCUCCAGUCGCGAAGCGAGCCUCUCGAGUAUCGAAGCGAGCCUCUCGAGUAGCGAGCUUCUUCCAAGGGCUGGCUAUGAACCGUCGACUUUAACAAUCUGGGUGGUCGCCCAGAGCCAGGAUAACGACUGUUAAGAUCCCUUGAACGCGUCAGAUACUCAGUGGGCCGUCGAGAGUUUGCGGGGAUGGCCGGCGUGGAGCCGUCGAUUCGAGCGAUCUGGGUGGUGGCUGAGCAUCACGUGACCGGAGGGUCGUCUGCUGCUCCCGUGGACCCCACCUGCAGCAUCCUCUUCUCGCGCCGAUUCCCCACUGUGGACCGGCAGUGGCGUCUGCUCUGUGCCACGUCACCUGCUUCCGCUGUACCCGCUACAGGUUCAGCUGCGGUUCAAGGUGGGACAAGCAAGCCCGGGAAAGGACCUCCCCCAGUGAAGUACCGGCCAGUUCCGCUGGAUGACGAGAUCUCCAUCGCCUUUGCUCAGCACAUGCAGCGCCUGCAUUCUUCUCCAGCCAUUCGCAGCGCGACAUCUGUCAUCGGCACGGACGAGUGGCUGGAUGACCCGAUCACGCGCCACGUCAUUGGGCUGCGCCUAGUCAGCACCACCCCCACCCUGCCCUCCUCCCACUCCCGCUCACGCACUCACUCUCGCUCUAACACUCGACCUAGCACUUCCCAGGCCAAAUCCUCACAGGACCCCUUGAAUCCAGCGGCAGCACGGGUGGAUGGAGGGAGGGGAGGGCAGGGGGGAGGAGGGGCAGGGGGGACAGAGAGAGAGAAAGCAGAUGGUGCAGAUCAGCCGAAAGCAAGAACAGCAAGAUCAGCAGCAGAAGCGGAUUCAGUGAGAGGAGCAGGUGUGUUGUCGGACAGUGAAAGGGGCCCUGGAGGACCAGCAGCAGCUACUGGGGCAGGAGAAUCGGCAGGAGGUUCCUCAGGUGCUUCGGCAACAGUGACAGCAGCGACAGCAGCGAAAUCAGAAGCAGAGACCUUGCAACUUCGACUCGCAAAAAGCCCACCUGAGCCAACACCUGGAGCACCACCCGAAGCACCAUCUGAAACUACACCUGAAGCACGAACCAAGGGGGUAACAGACCGGCCAGCCUCCCCCUCCUCCCCCUCCACCCCCUCCUCCCCUCCCCCUCCCCCCCCACCACCCUCAGCUCCCACCCUCCUCUGGCCCCUCAUAGUCCACCCCCACUCUAAGGCCUCUAACGUCCACGUGCUCGUGCUCCCAUUGGUGGCGCCCUGCCACGUGGCAGCGUAUGAGAGGCUGUGCUGGCAACGGAAUUGUGGGGGAGGGGCGGGGUCGGCGCAUGGGGGUGGCAGCUGGGGGGGAGGGGGAGGUGUUUUCGGUGCAGGUGUUUCUGGGGGAGCAACGCUCUCCUCUUUGCUUGCUGACCUGCCUGCUGUGACGGGAGCCAUUUCUCUCGCGCAGUGCAUCGAGGCCCUCAUCUCCACAGACGCAACCACCACGCCCUCUGCUACCCCUCGCACCUCCCCGCUCCUCUCCGCCCCCUCCCUCCCCUCCUCCGCCCUCCCCUCUAUCUCCCUUUCCGGUGUCGUGGGCGGGGGAGGAGGUGGGGGGGGAGGGGUAGGAGGGGGAGUGGGAGGGGUAGGAGCUGGUGCGAAAGCUGGUGCUUUGGGGACUAGUACUAUAGGUAGCAGCACCAGCAAUGCUGCUGCUGCUGCUGCUGCUGCUGCUGCUGGGGGGGAGAUGGGGGGCGGAGGAGGGGGAGGGGCAGGGGGAAAGGGGAGUGCAGCAGCAGGAGGCAGCAGUCUAGGGUUUGGGCUGCUGGGAGCCCUAGGAGCCAGUAUGGGCAUGUCCCGAGCCAAAACCUCCCAAACCAGCCAGAUUGGUUCGGCGCCAGGCUUGGGCGGAGGCUCGGGAGGAGGGGAUGGGGGGAGGCAGGGUGGGGGGGGAGGAGGGGUGGGGAUGAUGCUUCAGCAGCUGAAGCCAGUAGAAUUGGAGGGUAUAAGACUGCUCAUUCAAACCUACAUGCCUUUUGGUUGCCCCAUUGAUCUCCCCACACCUGCCACCAUCACCACCCUCCGCACCCAACCGAAUGCUUACACUCAGGACCUUGCUUCCCACCUCAACCCCCCUUCUUCGGGCUCCUCCACCCUCCAUUCUAGCAAACCCACGAAGCAGCAGCAGCAGCAGCAGCAGCAGGCAGGAAAAUCAGGUGCAGCAGAGGGGACGCUUAGAGGUCUGGGAGGGAAUAUAGCGGCGUCGGUAGAUUCUCUAAGAGACACUUUUAGGCAGCCGGCAUGGAAACCAGUGCUUUACACCGGAAAACAGAGGGUUUCUGUAGCACUAGUGGAACAAGUGAGCGUGGCUUUGUAUGAUAGAGAGGGGGAGGUGGCAGAUGUGGUUAAUGUAACCGGUAGGGUUACCAUGCGGUGGGAGGUGGAGGGCCUGCCAGAUGUCACGCUCUCAUUGGACGUGCCGGAGGAUGCUUGUGUGGAGUCACUCGUUGUGCACCCAUGUGCUCAGCUCUCCAAGAAGCACACGGUCUCAUUCUGUCCCCCCUUAGGCGCAUUUGACCUCGUCACCUACCACUGCUGCCUGCCCACCUCGCCUGAACAACUGCAGCAGAAACUGCAGCAGCAGCAGCAGCAGCAGCAGCCGCAGCAGCAGCAGCAGCAGCAGCAGCAGCAGCAGAGAGGCGCUCCCCCUCUCUCUCCCACGACCCCCUCCGCUCCCCCCUCCACCCCCUCCUCCUUCCUCACCUCCUCCUUCGUCUCCCCGAAACCCCCCGCGGCACCCACCUCUCUCGCCCGUCUCCUAGCCUCUAUGAAGACCCCCCCUGUUGUCGGCUUUUAUCAAAACCAGUUUGUUUCUCCCACCGAGUCUCAGUUCUUACUUAAGCUCCGAAUAAUGGAUGGUUACAAGCCCCCCUGUAACAUGGAACAGUGCACGUUACACAUGCCGUUCCCACGCCGCCGCAUAAAGUCGAUUUCCGCCGCGCCCCCUUCUCUAGGAGUUAUUUCUCACUCCGAACACUUAGUUGAUUGGCGGAUCUUUGCACGUGGCUACUCGGGAAAGACCCUGGAAGUUUCCUUCUCUGGGUCGGUGUUUUUCCAUCCAACAGGGGAGGGGGGAGAGGGCGGAGGAGGGGAGGAGGAGCGGAGGGGGGGUGUGGGGGAGGGAGUGGAGGAGGAUGAGGGAGAGGGAGUGGGAGAAGAAGGGGUUGUGAGGGGAGUGAGGGGGUCUGGAUGGAAUGACCCGUUCUGUUGGGAUGCGUUCGAUUAUGCCAUGGUGACCUUCAAGAUGCAUGGAGGCACAGUGUCAGGCAUCUCUGUCAGUCCUAGCAAGAUCAGCAUCUUCCCUCCGCCAACCAAGGCACCUCCUCUUGAAAUUACACAUCAGGUCGUAGCGGGGGACUACAUUCUCUGGAACAGUCUGGGAAGGCGCCCUCCCACCACGGCCCAGCAGCUGCUGCGAAACGCCUCUGCCGCAUGAGUCAUGACUGAUAUACAACUGGCCUCACACUGAAUCCCCAACUUUUGAAAUGCAUCUGCUCUGCCCUGUUCUGCUCUGCUCUGCCCUGCUCUGGUCUGCUCUCUCACGCACUGGCGUGGCGUCUGUUUUCCCACCACUCCGGCUCAGCCGCUGCUGCUAAACGCGUCUGCUGCUGUGUGGUGCACUAUGUUGACUGAAAGGUGGGGAUAUUGCAUUGCCUCCCAAGGAAUUGGCUGGGUCUGGGCAUGUGCCCCCCCUCCUACUAGAGUUCACAAGCAGCACCUGCUACCAUGCAACAGCUGUAUCAGUAUUUUUUUUAAAGGUGCUUUGAGAAGCAGCAAUCAACUGACUGUAUAAGCAUUGUUUUUUAGGUGCCUAAAAAAUCAGCAACACUAAC